AUGGGUGCAGCGAGCUUUGAUGAAGAAUAUUCUUCUUUGGGAGAAACCGAAAAACAUGCCGAUGCUGACGUUGGUGUGAUUAUAAAGGAUAAAGUGUAUCCUUAUGUCCAGAAAAACCCAUUGGAUGUCAUCUCGCUUACCGGAUUUUAUUUGGGUGCCGUUGUGGGUUUAUCCUUAGGUCUCUUGCCCUUUACUUUUUUCAAGAAUUUCAACUUGUACCUGCUUGCAGUUGCAGUUUUCCAUUUUCUAGAGUUCUACAUCACAGCAAGAUACAAUCCCGGCAAAGUUACAUCAGAAUCGUAUCUGUUCAACAAUGGCAGAGCUUACGCUUAUUCGCAUAUGUUUGCGAUGACUGAAACUCUUAUUGAAUGCAUACUAUUCCCUAAUUGGAAAUCAAGCUUUUAUUCAAAGACCCAUUGUAUUGUAUCAUUGACCGGCUUGGUGCUAAUAUUUUUUGGUCAGUAUGUGAGGACUAUGGCAAUGGUUACAGCGGGAAAGUCAUUUUCGCACCAGGUCAAAACAUCUCAAAAUUCUGAUCAUACUUUGGUGACAAACGGCAUCUACGCGAAAAUUCGCCAUCCAAGCUAUUUUGGCUAUUUUUGGUGGGCCCUGGGCACUCAAAUCUGGCUUCUCAACCCCGUAUCUUUCAUCAUGUUCACUAUUGUGUUAUGGAAGUUCUUUAACGAACGAAUAAGGUUUGAAGAAAAGUAUCUAAUUGAUUUCUUUGGGAAGGAGUAUAUAGACUACUCCGAUAAGGUUGGUGUUGGUAUACCGUUUAUUGGUAUGAAGAACCGUUGA